AUACAGCUGGGUAAUUUCACUGGAGCAAUUAGGGUAAAGCACCUUGCUCCUUUACCUUUGGGGUAAUAGCAAUGAUCAGGGAUCGAACCUGCAACCUUCGGGUCCAAGGCAGCAGCUCUAACCGCCACACUACCGGCUGUCCCCCUUUUCUUAUGUUAUCAUUUUCUUUUCACCUCUGCGGUUUCAGUUAAAAUUGAUUUAAUUCUUCUCUGCGCGGUUGAAAGUGCUCGUUACAUUUAUGUAUGGAUGCAGCCCGACGUCCUGCCUCGUUUGAAUCGUCCUCCUCACGUCUACAGUUACGCAUUUCGUUGGCCGUCCGGCACCGCUCUUCGGCAGGGGGGCUGUAAGUGGCGUUCCGACGUAGUCCUCCGACCGGUGGGGGGCGUCCCGGCCGUCCCUCCGCCCCAGCGGGGUCUCCCUGACUUGCGCUCAUUAAAGUGCCGCGGGUUUUGUUUUUCAGGAAAACUUCCCAAACUCCUGAUGGAGCUCGAACUUUACAAGGACUUAAGUGCCCCACCCCUGUUCCCGUUUGCCCCGCCGGGCGGGGGAGGUGCCUGUAAACAAACGGAUCACCAGCAGACCCUACUGAACCAGCUGAGGGAGGUCACUGGUACCACAGAUGUACAGCUGCUACAGCACGCCCUGCAGGUCAGCAAUGGCGACCUGGCGGAGGCUGUGGCCUUCCUGACGGAGAAAAAUGGGAAGGCGCCGCAGCAAGAUGAGGCAGCGUACUACCAGACGGCGCAGACCGGGAAUGACCGAUACAUGAGUGUGGGCAGCCAGGCAGACACCAGAGAUGACCUGCAGAGGGCCAUUGCGCUCAGCUUGGAGGAGUCCAGCCGUGCCUUCCGGGAGACUGGCAUCACAGAUGAGGAACAAGCCAUCAGCAGGGUUCUGGAAGCCAGCAUAGCGGAGAACAAGGCCAGUCUGAAGCGCACACACACAGAGGUAUGGAGUGACUCGCCCAACCCCCAUGACAGGAAGAGGCAGGAGAACUGCCCCGUGGGCCUGAAGAAUGUGGGAAACACAUGCUGGUUCAGCGCCGUCAUCCAGUCCCUGUUCAACCUCCUGGAGUUCCAGCGGCUCGUGUUGCAUUAUUCCCCGCCGGCACGCGUCCAGGACCUGCCCCGCAACCAGAAGGAGCAUAGGUACCUGCCCUUCAUGAGGGAACUGCGGCAUCUCUUCUCACUCAUGGUGGGCUCCAAGAGGAAGUACGUGGACCCGUCGCGGGCUGUGGAGAUCCUCAAAGAUGCCUUCAAGUCCAGUGAUUCACAGCAGCAGGACGUGAGCGAGUUCACGCACAAGCUGCUCGACUGGUUGGAGGAUGCCUUCCAGCUGAAGGCUGAGGAGGAGAGGGAAGGAGAAAAGCCAAAGAAUCCAAUGGUGGAACUGUUCUAUGGGCGCUUCCUGGCCGUGGGAGUUCUGGAAGGGAAGAAGUUUGAGAACUCGGAGAUGUUUGGACAGUAUCCACUGCAGGUGAACGGCUUCAAAGACCUCCAUGAGUGCCUAGAGGCAGCCAUGAUCGAGGGUGAGAUAGAGUCACUCCACUCGGAGAACUGCGCAAAGUCCGGCCAGGAGCACUGGUUCACCGAACUUCCCCCGGUGUUGACGUUCGAGCUCUCGAGGUUUGAGUUCAACCAGGCUCUCGGGAGACCGGAGAAAAUCCACAACAAGCUCGAGUUUCCCUCCCUGCUCUACAUGGACCGCUACAUGGACAGGAACAGAGACAUCACCAGGAUCAAGCGGGAGGAGAUCCGCAGGUUGAAGGAACAUUUGACACUGCUUCAGCAGCGGUUGGAGAGGUAUCUGAGCUACGGGUCCGGCCCAAAGAGGUUCCCUCUGGCUGACGUCCUCCAGUACGCCAUGGAGUUUGCCACCAGCAAGCCUGUCUGCACGUCUCCUGUAGAGAACAUCGAUACCUCCGGACCACCAGGGGGCACCGCAGCACCACAGCAGCAGACACCAAGUGCGGCCGAUCAAGGCCCAUCUAACGCCACGGAGCCCCAGCAGCGGGUGGCCGUCCACAAGCCCUUCACGCAGUCACGCCUCCCUCCAGACCUGCCCAUGCACCCAGCUCCCAGGCACAUCACUGAGGAGGAGUUGCGGGUGCUCGAGGGCUGUCUGCAGCGCUGGAGAACUGAGGUGGAGAACGACACGCGUGACCUGCAGGCAAGCAUAUCGAGGAUCCACAGAACCAUGGAGCUCAUGUACUCGGACAAGAGCAUGAUGCAGGUGCCGUACCGGCUGCACGCCGUUCUGGUUCACGAGGGACAGGCUAAUGCAGGCCACUACUGGGCCUACAUACACGACCCGCAUCACCGCUGCUGGAUGAAGUACAACGAUGUGUCGGUCACCAAGUCCAGCUGGGAGGAGCUGGUGCGUGACUCCUUUGGCGGGUACCGCAACGCCAGCGCCUACUGCCUCAUGUACAUCAACGGCAAGAAGCCCUUUCUCAUAGAGGAGGAGUUCGACAAGGAGACGGGCCAGGCGCUGAGCGGCUUGGACAAGCUGCCUGCGGACCUGAAGGAGUACGUCAUGGAGGACAACCAGCUGUUUGACAAGGAGCUUGAGGAGUGGGACGCCAUGCAGGCCCGCAAAGCCCGGCAGGAGACGCCAGCCACGGUGACACCUCACACAGGCACGGAGGCCGGCAGCCUGGAGAGUCCAGCCCCCCAGCAGGAGCCUGAGUAUAUGGAGCAGCCCUCCCCGACGGACGAAUGCCGACACCUGCAGGAGGACACCCAGAGGGCCAUUUGUAGGGCUGCCGCCGAGCAGGAUGAGAGCACUCCAGAGGCCAUCCUGAGCAUGCCUAGCCAUGAGGACACUCCCAGCACCCCUCCCCCUCUGCCCGCCCUCGCGGCCGACCGCGAGCACGCGGCAGAGGGCAGCCCCGCGUCGCCUCCCGCCCCCACUCACCGCGUGGUGGAGGUGGCCAUCCCCCACGUGGGCACGUUCGUCAUUGAGUCCGAGGAGGGAGGUUAUGAUGAUGAGGCAAUGCUGACCCCAAACAUGCAGGGUGUGAUCAUGGCCAUUGGCAAAGCGGGCAGCGUGUACGACAAGUCCGGGCCCGAAGCGGCCUUCUUCAAGGCUUUCAAGGUGGAGUACGCCCGCCUGCUACGGUUGGCCCAGGAGGACACGGCACCUGAGAACGACCGCCGACUGCAGCACGCUAUCGUCUACUUCCUUCACAACCAGGCACCCAAGAGGAUCCUGGAGCGGACUUUACUCAUGCAGUUUGCUGACCGGAACCUGGGCUUUGAUGAGCGAUGUCGGAGUGUCAUGAAAGUAGCACGAGCAAAACUAGACCUUAUAAAUCCUGAUGAACUGAACAUGGAAGAGUACGAAAUGUGGCACCAAGAUUACCGGAACUUUCGGGAAACGACCAUCUUCCUGAUGAUCGGCUUGGAGCUGUUCCAGAAAAGAAGCUACGUGGAGGCCUUGAGGUACCUUGUCUACUGCUACCAGUACAACAAAGAGUUGCUGUCCAAAGGCCUGUACCGAGGACAUGAUGAGGAGCUCAUUGCACACUACCGCCGCGAGUGUCUGCUUAAACUGAAUGAGCACGCGGCAAGCCUCUUCGAGUCAGGGGAUGAGUCCGAGGUCAACACGGGCCUGGGCAUCAUGAACGAGCUGGUCGUUCCCUGCCUGCCGCUGCUGCUGGCCGAUGAGGCGGAGGAAAGGGACAUGGCCGCUGUGGAAGACAUGCGCAACCGCUGGUGCUCCUACCUGGGCCAGGAGAUGGAAUCCCACCUCCAGGAGAAGCUCACAGACUUCCUUCCCAAGCUGCUGGACUGCUCAACGGAGGUCAGGAGUUUCCACGACCCUCCAAAGCUGCCCUCCUACUCCACCCUGGAGCUGUGCGAGCGCUUUGGCCGUGUCAUGGCAUCCCUGAGUCGGACACCGGCGGACGGGAGAUGAGCCGCUUGCUCGCCCGCCCGCUCACUCGCUCACCCGCCCAUGGACCUCUCGCGAACCUUGCCUUCCUUCAACCACGGGUUGCUCCAUCUCUUACUCCUUUUUUUCUUUUACUUUGCUGCUGUAGGUUUUAAUAUCGUAAUAUUAUUCCACUUUCAGUUAUAUCUACGGCAACUGCUACAGAGGGAGAAGUGCGGACAUUCAAAAAUGAAACACAAAAUCUGAACUCGGUGCAAAAAAAAUCCAGUUAUGGCAACACUGCAUUAAUAGAAGCUCAGUGCAUGCUGCUCCUGCUUAAAUAGGUUGACCUUUUGUUUUAUUUUCAUGACAGUUUUUCCCCUGAUUUGGUUGGCUUAACCCACCCCCAUCCCAUGCCCCCCAGGCCACACCCAUUCAGGCCACACCCAACUCUCCCUUCUCCAGCCAAUAAGAAAAAGCUGCUAUUCUGCCACUUGUCUGUUACAGUAUUAUCAUUUUUUUUCUAAUGAGUGAGAAAAAAGAUUUGGUGGCUUUAGGCAUCCAGAGUGGGGUCUCCCUGAUUCCGGGACUGCAACUGAAUGAGUGCUGUGGUCAACAGCCAUGGCCUGCUGUGGCUUGUUAAUAAGAGAGAAUAAAAUUUUAUU